UUGACAAAUAGACUUGGAGCCAUAACCAGUGCCAGAACUCAUGUGCCUCCGACUGAACCACACUGCGAGUGAGAGAGAAAAAGUGAGAGAGAGAGAGAGGGCGGGGGGAGACACAGAAACAGAGAGAAAGAGAGCGAUAAAGAGAGUGCGAGAAAAAGCGAAACAGAAGCCAGCACAAUGAAGUCCCACACUUAUGAAAACUCUUAAGACCAAGGGAAUACGGUUUGCACCGGAGAGAAGUCUGUAAGGAGGAGAACUGGAGAUCAUGGGAAACGCGAGCACCCCGGCGGUGCUGAACGGGUCGGUGCCGCUGAACGGCACGGUGCCGUUAAACGGGUCGGUGCCGAGUUCCAGCGAGGCGGAGAUGGUCCUGCUGGGCAUCGUGGCCUCGGUCCUGGUGCUGGUCAUCGUCUUCGGCAACGUGCUGGUCAUCACGGCCAUCUCCCGGUUUCAGCGGCUGCAGACGGUCACCAACUGCUUCAUCACGUCGCUGGCGUGCGCCGACCUGGUCAUGGGCCUGGUGGUGGUCCCCUUCGGCGCGUGCCACAUCAUCCUGGGCACCUGGCACUUCGGAAUCUUCUGGUGCGAUUUCUGGACGGCCACGGACGUGCUGUGCGUGACGGCGAGCAUCGAGACGCUGUGCGUCAUCGCACUGGACCGCUACCUUGCCAUCACCUCGCCGUUCCGCUACCAGUCGCUGCUGCGGAAGAACCGGGCCCGCGUGGUGGUGGUUCUGGUCUGGGUGGUGGCAGCUCUCAUCUCCUACCUGCCCAUCCACCUGCAGCUGUGGAUGUCCCACGAGGAAAACGCGAGGGUGUGCAAGGACGACCCCUACUGCUGCGACUUCAACACCAACAUGCCCUACGCCAUCACGUCCUCCAUCAUCUCCUUCUACAUCCCGCUGAGCAUCAUGGUCUUCGUCUACAGCCGCGUGUUCCGCGAGGCGCGGAAGCAGCUGAAGAAGAUCGGGCGCAGCGAGGGCCGCUUCCACGCGCAGAACAACAACCCGGCACCGGGCGGGUCCGGCAGGGAGGUCCGCAACGGGAGGAGGACCAAGGUCAGCCUGAAGGAGCACAAGGCCCUGAAGACGCUGGGCAUCAUCAUGGGCACCUUCACCCUCUGCUGGCUGCCCUUCUUCGUGCUCAACCUGCUCAACACGGUGGAGACCAUCCGCCAGAUGAAACACUUCGACCUCACCUUCAAGAUCCUGAACUGGAUAGGGUACGCCAACUCAGCCUUCAACCCGCUCAUCUACUGCAGGAGCCCCGAGUUCCGGCACGCCUUCCAGGAGAUCCUCUGCUUGAGGAGGCUGCCCUUCUCCAGGGCGGGACACAUGAACGACUACGUGCACAGCGGCAACAGCUGGCAGAGCGACCAUUACACCAAGAGCAGGUUGAACUCGGAGUACCGGGACGGGGUGCUGGAGAAAAGCGAGCCGUCGGCUGCGGACAGGACCGACCCGAACGGAAACUGCAGCAAGGCGCUGAUGAGCGUUAUUUAACUCAGCCCCGCCGGCCGGCCGCGACCCACCACACCCGAGCUCCACUCCAGUUUCCUUCUGAGCAAACAAGUGGUUUGGGGGUCAAGUUGCCAAUGUGCGCAUUUCAUUGUGGAAAUACAGAUAUUUUGGGUUUUUUUUUUACUCAUAUUUUCUAUUGCAUUAUCAAUGUGUCCAGCUAGGAGUAUUUUGAAACCAUGCAAGGGUGGCAUCAUAGGACUCUUCAUCUACCUCAUAAUUUUUAUUUAUUAUUUUUGCAAGAUGCCUUUUUGCUCCCAUCUUAUCUUUAAGCUUUGUGUUUGUGAAACAAAUGGCAGACAAUAUGGGCCCAUAUAGUGAAACAUUUUGUCGGCAGAUUUUGAGAGAUUGAACUGUAAAAAGUAAACAGCACAUGUUUAUUGAAGUUUUCGCAGGGAAAGCCUUUUGCACAUUUGGGAAAUAUGUUCAGAUACAUAUUCUCUCGUUGAUCCCGUCGAAGAAAGCCUGAGCCAGUAAACGGAAAUGUUACACAGGAUUCACCUUUCGUGCAAACGCAGAUAUCAUCAAAAGCCAGAUAUGGUAGUGGGGUCGUUCGUGAUCUAAUCGCAUAACCCAAUACGCCUACCCGCAGCCACCAGACACAUUCACCGGAAAACCUUUAUUUAAUACUAAUCGACAUGUGAAUUCAUAACUUAGAGAGAUGAAGCACCCUGCUCGUGUAAAAUGGGCAUUCAGUUGGAGCUCCGCGAAACAAAUGAGUAGGAACGAGGAACUUCGGCGAAAUAGGAAACAUUUCCUGAAGGUUAAUCAUUCUUCUCGACAAAGGUGCGACAACACGUCAGCUUAACAACAGCAGCGUAAACAAAAAUUAAUACCUAGCUGAUUUCCCCAGAACCCUUUCCUCUCCGCAGCAGGCUACACUAGUCUGGUGAUGCUAGCUCGUUGCUAAAACAUAAAGUUCAAAACAUGUUAAACGUGUUCAUAAUCCGCCAUACAGAUACACCGCAGCGCUGACACAUUUGAUCAACAUUCAUAGGCGUAGUUUUGAUUAGGACAGUCGUUCGUUAAGGAAUGCACGUGAAGUUUAGUCAUUUCACGAGAGACAUUAAUUUCAGAAGCAUUGUUAUCCGAUUAAUAUGCUAUGUUUACGAAACCAGAUAGUGCAACGAAAUAACCAGCUAGUUUUAAUUUCACUGCCCUAUAUAGUAUAUUCCUGCGAUAGUUACUGGAACAAAACAGGGUAGUCGACGAUCUUUCUCCCUGGUGGGGUUGUUUUUUAUAAAGAGAAAAAAAGAGUUCUGCAAAUCUCCGUGUACACGAAGUCUUAUUUUCCUGUUAACUCACGGUACAGACGACGACAUUUAUUUGUUAAACAUUGACUCGUUCUCUUGUUCCUUUCCGUCCCCCAAUUCAGUUUUUGUUUGCGUUUGUUUUAAACUUUAGGGCUCAAUUAUUUAGGUGGCUCGGGGAUUAUUGCACUUGAAGCGUUUUAUAGUUGUGAUAUCAAUCCCAGUCUCACUGCUUUAAUCCGCCAACUCAGGGGAGAGCAGAUAAAUUUGGCUUCUUUAGUAAAAAAAAAAAAAGCUAUGAGAACAGAAAAUUGGAUUUGGGGAGCUUUUAGGUUCUCGCACGCAUUCUCACAUUUUGAUGAAUACGACACUACAGUCAUGUCUCGUAUUCGGACAAAAAGCUGCUGAAGGAACGGUCGCUGUGUGCGCAGCAAGGCUCGAGAACUCUGUCCGCAAUGUGCACUUAACACACACUCACGGACCCCGAUGGGCUUUGAACGGACUCUCUGCGGUUUAAAUUCAGUGUUCGUGACCCGCUUAUCUGCGCACGUGGCUGCCUUCUGAAGUAGGGCCAGGCUUGAGUGUGAAAGUCGUGCGCUAUGUCCUGCUGGACCAGUCUCCCAGUACUGUAGCUUCUGUCCAUGACACCAUCACGGACCUCGCUUCGGUGUGUAAAGUGUAUAUAAUACAUAGCCUACUCGUGCGUGGUUUGUCCUUGGUAAUUUUGAAUUUGCUUUUCAGUGUGGCAAAGUCCAAAACUCUCGACUCCCCGCCCCCCUAAAAAAAGAUUCACGUUUCUAUCCCAUUGUUUUUUUUUGACAAUGUUUUUUUAAAAACGUGUUUUUUAAUUGUUGGUCCACUUUGCCUUCAGAAGAACCAUAUGAAUGUUCAGCUAAGCUAUUAAUUCACUGUCCCAUUUAGCAAAAUAUACGGAUUAAUGCAUGUAUAUAGGUGUCCAUUGAAUGUAGUGAUUGGCAUCGGUCUGUGCAGUCACAUUUGAAGCACAUUUGAAGAAUGGAAAUACAAUUGAGCGUUUGUUCAGACUGCCCCCUACUGGCAGUGUCCACACCUGCAGUUUGCCAGCGCCACAGAUUCUCACAAGCAGUUAAAUCAUCGCGUGGUUCUCUGUGGAUUCUGUAACACCGCUAUCACUAUUGUGUUGUGGAUACUUGUGUUAAUAACCUGCAGCCCUCCCCCUGUGCUGCUGAAGGAGAUGUUGUCUAUGUGCAAUAAUUCCUGACUGGACGGUCUGACUCCAUGCUCAGUGUGCGGUUCGAAAUGCAGAGAGCGGUACGCGCAUGUUCGAAAUGCAGAGAGCGGUACACGCAUGUUCGAAAUGCAGCGAGCGGUACGCGCAUGCUGUAGGACAGCCGGGAGAUGCACCCCCGCAGGGGCGCAUGCUUUGCAAAUUUGCACGCAGCACAACCGGACAGCGUCUGGACACGUUUCCGAUUCUGGGUCCAAAGCCCCUUUAGAUGAGGGACCAGCUGUUUGAGUGACCCCUGGGUUUAACACUACCCCCACCCCCUCCCUGACUCUUGCCCCCUUCUGGGGAGGGGAGCUCUCUAUUCUCACAGCCGUGCCACCUGCAACACGCACGCCAUACUCUGCAUGCAACACCUGCAUCACACGGUGCAUGCAACACCUGUGCCGCAUGUCGCAUGCAACAGAUGCGCCGCAUGCACCACCUGCGCCAAACGAAGCACAGCAUGAGGGAAAAUGUCGCACCAGUUAAAUGUUUACUGUGUCUGUUAUCCAGCUGUUUUCGCACAAUGAGUUGUCCGUUCGUAACGGUGUUUUGUUCUGCAAAAUAAUUAUGUACAGAGAAAGAAUGAAUGUGCAGUGGUAUUUAUGAGGUGCAAGUGUAACAUGCCAUUUGUAUUUGAAUAUUAAAGUGUAUUUAAUGCACAUUA